CUCCACUUCUCACUAUUUCACCUUUCCUCUUCCUGUUUAUCCCCAUCACCACGCGCUCAAUACGCACAUGAUCUGUUUCCCCUUCUCCUCCUCCUCCUCCUUCUCAUCGUUACCAUCAUCAUCCUCCGUUUUCCGAUCCUUCCUCUUCCUCCUCCCUCACUAUCUCCAACUGUGCGCUGAGUUUCGGAGAAAUUUCAGCAGCUCUGGAGGAAGCAUUGAGCCAGCGGCAUCAGCAGGAGGGUUCCACUGUGGAAUAGACACCGAUCUCCUCCUGAUGUACCUCAAGAUCAUUUACAUCUCCGUAUAACCCCGCUUCAACCCCAGAAAAUCCGCGACAGAAACCACUCGCCUUGCCUCCUUAACCACUGGAUGUCUUUAAAUCACUUCCAUAUCUGUUCCUUUGCAAAUUCAGAAUCUCCAUUCGUUGCUUGUCUGCUCUCUACAGUUUUUGUGCUCUUCCACACUGAGCCAGAAUGAGUGAAUCACAGGAAGCAAGUUCUCCAGUGGCUGGGAUCGGUGGCCCGGCAGCCUGCGUCACUAAAGUGGAGCUGCGUGUGUCCUGCAAAUCCCUGCUGGACCGUGACACACUGAAAAAGUCUGACCCCUGUGUCGUCCUCCUGGUGCAGAGCCAAGGCCAGUGGACUGAGCUUGAUCGCACCGAGGUGAUUAAGAGCAACUUGAACCCAGUGUUUGCCAAAGUCCUAAUGUUGGACUACUAUUUUGAGGAGGUGCAGAAGCUACGAUUUGAGGUCUAUGACAUUCAUGGAACGCACAGUAUUGGCACUCGUGAUGAUGACUUUCUGGGUGGAAUGGAGUGCACACUUGGUCAGAUUGUGGCUCAGAAAAAAAUGGUGAAGCCAUUGCUAUUAAAAUAUGGAAAAUAUGCUGGAAAGUCAAACAUUACGAUUCAUGCUGAGGAAAUUUCUGGCAACAAUGGAUACGUCGAGCUCUCGUUUUGUGCCAAAAAGUUGGAUGAUAAGGAUCUCUUCAGCAAAUCCGACCCAUUUUUGGAGAUUUAUCGUGUAAAUGAUGAUGACACAGAGCAACUCGUACACAGAACAGAAGUGAUCAAGAACAACCUGAACCCUGUGUGGCAGCCGUUUAAAGUCUCCCUCAUUUCCCUGUGCAGCUGCGACGAGGAGAGAAAGUUAAAGUGCCUGGUGUGGGACUAUGACUCGAGAGGGAAGCAUGACUUCAUUGGCGAGUUUUAUUCCACGUUCAAAGAGAUGCAGCAAGCUUCAGGAGGAAACAAGGUCACAUGGGACUGUGUGAACCCAAAGUACAAACUAAAAAAGAAGAACUACAAGAACUCUGGUCUGGUUUUCCUUACCGAUCUGAAGCUUCACAGAGUUUAUUCUUUCCUGGAUUACAUCAUGGGAGGAUGCCAGAUACACUUUACAGUUGCCAUUGAUUUUACGGCAUCAAACGGAGAUCCCCGCAAUAGCUGCUCGCUCCACUAUAUCAACCCGUACCAGCCCAACGAGUACCUGAAGGCUUUGAUAGCAGUGGGUGAGAUCUGCCAGGAUUAUGACAGUGACAAAAGGUUCUCCGCUCUGGGAUUCGGUGCACGAAUUCCACCCAAUUAUGAGGUGUCACAUGACUUUGCCAUCAAUUUCAAUCCAGAUGAUGAUGAAUGUGAUGAGAUUCAGGGAGUGGUAGAAGCUUACCAGAACUGCCUGCCCAAGAUCCAGCUUUAUGGACCAACUAAUGUGGCUCCUAUAAUCAACAGAAUAGGCAAGCAAGCAGCAGGGAAGGAGCCCAUUAAGGAUGCAUCGAAAUACCACAUCUUGCUGAUCCUCACGGACGGUGUUGUGACCGACAUGGCAGACACACGGGAGGCCAUCGUGCGUGCCUCCUACCAGCCUUUGUCCAUCAUCAUUGUGGGUGUUGGGAAUGCAGACUUCACUGACAUGCAGAUCCUGGACGGGGAUGACGGUGUCCUUCGCUCUCCAAAAGGAGAACCUGUCUUGAGGGACAUUGUCCAGUUUGUGCCCUUCAGAGACUUUAAAACGGCAUCUCCUGCUGCAUUGGCAAAGUGCGUCUUGGCUGAGGUGCCCAAGCAGGUCGUCGAGUACUUCAGCCAUAAGGCCAUUCCUCCCAUGAAUCCUGUUUUAGACUCAACGCCCAACUCCAUUGCCAAUACCCCAGAUUAAUACAUCAACUUGAGUCUUGACCUAUGCUUAUUCCCUUCACACCUACCGAAUGCUAGAUCUGAGAAAACCCACCACCUCAAGCACUACAUUGGUGGUCCAUUUUCCUGUUUAUACAUAACGUGUUUACACACAAGGAGGAUACAUUUUUCUUGGAUCAUGCCCUGUGUUUGGCAUCAUUCCCACAUCUUCAUUAUCUGUGCUGCAAUCUGUACAGUUCCAGACCUAUUACCCUCUGCCAGCUCUCUGCAACUUCUCCUCCAAGGCCAACUUUUAUUUCUUAAUUCCGAUGUGCAUUUUUUUAAUCCUGUGCCUUGCAGGACUUUUUCAGUGUUUGCUCUCCCUGGCCACUGUACUUUCCUCAAGGCUUCUUGAUGGCCUUUUACCACUCUUCUUUUAGCAACAACAUUCACCAGGAUUCCAUUUGGGGAAACGUAAGGUCAUGAUAAUUACUCGAAAGGUAUAAUCACCAAUGGCUGGUCAUGAUAUCUGCAACUCAGCAUAGGAUCUCAUCCCUUUUAGCAUAGUAUCUCAACGUAGGCAUAAACUAUAACACAUACGCACAGAAAAGUUCUAUCAUUUAAUUCAUACAAUUUCAACUAUCAACUGAUAGGCUGCAUAGAUUCACAGUCUGGGUUUGAAAGAAAAUCAGCACAAGACUCACGUCUUAUAGUGCAACUUCAUACUACACUGUGUACUACUGGUUGUUCUGUUGCAUUUGGUUCUACAAAAUUUGUCAGCAACAAAUCAGAAUACAAAUAAUCAAUCAAUCAACCCCCACUUUUCUUUUUCUACUUGACAUACCCCAAUUAACAAAAUUAUUAAUUAAGUCUGUAAGAAAUAUGUGAUGACAUAUAUAAUGUGGAUUUUCUUGCAACAUUAAAUGUAAAAGGAGAAUUCUUAACUUAAGAUUUAACUUGAAAGUCUUUUUUCCAACAUUCCGUUAUUUCAUAACUCAUUUAUAACACAUACUGUAUAUACAAAUCUGAUAAAGGAAAAUGUUUAAUUAUUCACCAAGGAUUUUCAUCUGGAAUUAUUAUUUUUAUUACGAGUUACAAAUCAAACAUAUUUAAUUACUGUAUUGUUUUUAAUCUUAAAUCUCCGAUACAAAAUGGAUUUGUUUAGGAACUUUCAGGAAAAUCUUUAUAAAAUAUUAAUUUAAUUUAGUGCUUAUUUUCCUACACUGCAAAAAAAAAAAAGUAUUCCUUAAAAGUUCUUUGGAAGAUAAGGGUUUGAAUUAACCCUAUUGUGAAAUGUAAACCUGGAUCGCGAUUGAGGGACUAAACUUGUACUCUUAAGGGUGCUAGAUUCAAGAUUUUAUUUUCUGUAUAUGUGUGUGAAUAUGAAAUAUGAUCUUAAUGGAAAAAUGCGACACUGCAAAGUUUUGGAAACCUAAUUUAUUAUAUUAGGCUUAUACAGACAUAUACAGAAUUGAAAAAAGCGUACAAAUAAUUGUAUACUGAAUAAUAUAUCAGUAUGAUCACUGUGUGAAUUUAGUAUUGAAAUCAUAUAAAAAGAUUUGAAAAGAAGCUUUUUAUUGAAGAAAAAGCAGACUGUAGUGGGAAGGCUAUGAAUAGAAUCAGGGUCAGUUUGCAGUAUGCAGGCUGGACUCUAAAGGUCAGUCUGAGCUGAUUGUUUUUUGUGGUGAAUUUACUCUAUGCAUAUUAAUAAGUGAACUCAGAGAGGUGGUGGUUGAGGAUGGGAGUAAUUAUUCAUCUUCAAAGAUUAAUGGUAAAUAUAUGCAGCCACAAGGGUCAUACAAGGAAUGUAAUAGGAAAGGUACACAAGGGGCACCACCAUGGAAACAUGCAAAGAAUUAAACAUGCAGUUGUAGAAAAUUAGUCAGUAAUAAUAACAUACUUUUUACAAGCUUAUAGUUAAGUUUAAUGUUGUGGAAACAUUAACCAACAUUAACCACCAAGAAUACACAAAACACAAUGUCCUUAUACUUUCCCGUGGCUGAAGAAUUACCGACUGUUACAAAGUUCUGACACUGGAGACUCCUUCCAUAAUUGUUUAAAGUCUCCUUACAGAAAACAAUAUCUACUAUAACUUUAUUUUUUGUUAUUAAUAAGCAACAUGAGUUUUUAUGUUUAAUUAUGUGGCACAUUCACCAAUCAAAUCUGUGUGAAAUAGCUGUUACCAUGAAAAAAAAGAAAUUGAGUACAUUUUUUUUACAGACAGGAUUUAACACAAAAAUUCCACUUCAUUAUUCAGACUUUAGAAGGAACUAGAGAGUUGACCAAUAGUCAUAAAAUUAAGCUGCUGCAUAAGCCAAAUCUAAAUAAUACCUCAGUACCUAGGAUAGGCAGUACAACCCCUUAACAACUGACAUCUCAGUCAAACAAUCAAAGCCAAAUGUUAGUCAGAUAAAGUUUUUUGGAGAAAGACUAGUUUGUUCUUACUUUUUUGCAAUUUAGAAGAAAAACAUGAACUCUUUGUUUUGCUUGAAGGUAACAUUUCAAUCUUAAAUUAUUCCUUAUGAACUCAGUAUUUUUCAAAUAUUUGUUUGUCCAGUUUUUUUAUGCCAAAUCAAUCAUUAAUAUGUUUGUACACAAAGCAGUUCUGGCAUGAGCAGCCAUCAUGUUUAAAUGUGUUGAAUAAUUUCCUCAUGAACUGACUCAAAUACAUUUUUUAUAUUGAUUCCUUUACUUGUGUGUAUGUAUAUUGUCAUACAGUCAUACAUAAUUUAAUGUACACAUUCUACAUGAUUGUUAUCUUAUGCUGGAGGUCCAGAUGGCAGACUAUAUCUAUAAACAGAUCUUAAAAUAAUAAAACACACUUUAUUUGCUUUUGUACAUGCAGGAAAACAUCUGCCAGCUACCACGUUGCCUGGAGCUGGUUGAAGUGCAAACUUAAACCAUUUGAAUUAAUAUUUCAUAUGAAUUUAAAUGUUUGAUUGCAUAUGAAUGAUUGCACACCACUGGCUGAGGCAUGCCACUUUUCUUUUAUCUCAUUAGGCUUAGUACAGUAGGUAUGCAAGUGGAUAAAUGUAAUUAACAGCAGGUGGACUCUGUAUGUAAAUGCUUAAUUAUUCAUUACUGAAGCAGCACAUUUGGAGAUAUCGCUAUGCUGGUUAAUGAUCUGUAUUAAAAAAACAUAAAAAAACAAACAAACAUUGGCUACAUAAAUGAAAGCUCUUGUAGUGUACAACGCAUUUUAUAUCAACAAUUUGCUUGUGUAUUUGUUUAUUUACAAUUGUAUUUAUUUGUAUUUAUUUGUAUUUAUUCUAUUUCUGUUUUAUUAAUUUAUUAUUUUAUUAUACAUAUUUAUUUGACUAAUUAGUUAGUUUAUACUUAUUUUAUGUAUUAGAUGAUUACUUUUUUUUAUUUGGUCUAAUACCUUUGUGUAGUUAUUUAUGCAGGAUUUCAGAAAAUAUUGAUUUAUAUAUCAAAUUACUUAUUUUACCUAUUUGUUUGUUUGCUUGUUCUAAAUAUUUAUUAAUUUAGCUUAUUUUGUAGUUAUUUCUUUAGAAUUCAGGAUUUAUUUAUUUAUUUGGUAAUAAUCUUUUUUUUUUUUUUCUUCCUUUUUUAAAGUUAUUUCUGGGCUAUGUUGCAUGACCACUGGAUUCUUUCUGUGGCAGUGCACUGAUCUCGAAUAAUUUUGUACACAUACACACAAAUAUUCAAUCCCAACCCCCAGCAGGGAUUUACUUGCUUCUCUGCUACCUCCUUUCCCCAAGCAGCAGCAGCAGCACACAGUGUCGCUGCAAUCAGCGCAGAACCAUGGUAUAAAAUCGAAAGUGCAUUAAAGUGAACUCUUCUUGGUCCACACAUUAAACAUCGAUAAGGUGAAAGUUCAGAAUGCACUGCUGAAAUGAAAAAAGACUUUAAUUGUAUUUCUGUAUAUACAGAACUAACAGCCAUGCCCCCCUUUCUUAUUGGAUUGUGGAAAUCAUUUUACCCACAUUUUCUAAGAAAUCUGUCCUUCAGCAGGUUUUGAGUUUUGAGACAGGCCUCAUAGAAUCUCUGUUCUGAAAACACUGUAAAUUACUGCAUGCAUUACUCUGUGUAGAAUGUGUUGUUUGUUCCUUUGGGGUAUUAUGUGAAGUUAGGCGAAUUUGUCUUUACCUUCUGCAAUGCUGAUCUUGUACUGUGUGCUUCUAAUCCUGUAUCAAGGCCAAUAAACCUGUCAUUAAAUUA